UUUUUUUUUAAAAAAAAGCUUACGGAAUGAAACAGUAAAUAAAAUAAAAUUUUCCUUUUUUGUUUCUUCACUCCUUCUUUUUUAUUAUUAUUAUUAUUACACUAAAUAUGACUGAAGAAAUAGAUCUCAAGUAUAGACAAAAAUAUAAAGAUCUUCGAAAGCGUAUUCGAGAUAUAGAAGAGGAAAAUGACGUAUUGAAUGUUCGACUCUUUAAAGCUCGUAAAAGUAUCCGUCAUCUCAAGUUGGAACGAACUUUCUUGUUAGAUCGUAUGGAGAAAACAAGUCACCCUACUUUGGAUUAUAAUAGUGAUCAUUCGGAUAUUGGCUCAGAAAUCUAUUCGCAUGAUGAAUCCGACAUGUUGAUUCACAAGUUUCAGGGCAACAGUAAACACAAUAAUGCCGGUCGCAUGGAGAAAUUAAUCGUGAAUAAACCACAGCGUAAAAAGAAGGAUCCCAACGCACCUAAAGGACCCGGCAAUGUGUUCUUUUUGUAUUGUCGUUUGGAAAGAGAUAAAAUCAAGGAUGAACAUCCAACAGAGAAUCUGGGGGAAGUAACCAGACUUCUCGGUCAGAAAUGGAAGUCUCUCUCCAAGGAGGAAAAGACGAAAUAUUAUGACAUGUACAAGCGCGAAUUGGAAGAGUAUGAAGAAGCUAUGAAGACGUAUACAUUGAAUGGAGGAGGACCUAGCACGGGUAAUCCAGCUGCACUUGGCAACCCCAUGGUAUCCAUUAUUUCAUCUCCUACCCAAUCCACCGAAAUGUCCAUGGACUUUCCAAGUGAUCCUCCUCAACCUCCUUCACCCGACGUGUCCUUUAUGGACGAAGAGGAGAAACCGCUUUAUAACCCAGAUGCAUGGCCAUCUUCCUCCUCCUCCACCACCAAUCCCGCCGCAGAUAUCCAUCACCAUCAACAUCACCAGUACCAAUGAUGAAAUAAUAACUACUGCAAAAGAAAUA